UCCACAAUACUCUGCCUUACUGUGUGUCCCUGUUGGAGGACCCAUCAGGACAGCUUUGCGCUCCGCUCAAACCCCACCUGAGAGCCAUUAGGCAGAAGGGCGCAUGGACCAAGAGGCCAGGAAAGCAGAGGGAUGUCCAGUUGGAUUUGACAAGGGACGGCGCCCUUAAGAGUCACCCGUGACAACUGAAGCCUGGGUGGCGCCAUCUUUUCUGAAGGCACCAUCGGGGCGGGUCCUGUAACCCAGUAUCUGCAUCCUAACACCGGGGGGUCCUAUUUAUCACCAUCGGGACCCCCGAGUCCCCAGCAGUCACUCCCGGCCUCUUGGGCUCUCCACGCUGCGCCCUGGCGCCUGGGCUGGGCGGGGUCUAAGCAGGGGAUCCCCUUCCUGUGGCCGCCGAAAGCUGAGUGUGGGAGCAGGGGGGACCCAGUGCUGCUUCGAGGGGCUGGGAGGCCUCAUGGCGCCGCCCCCAGCCCUGCUCCUGGCGCCGAGACCUGGGCCGAGAGGGCCUGGUUGCCAGAAGCCCGUGGCUGUCGGGUUCGCGGACGUGGCCGUAUAUUUCUCCCUCGAAGAGUGGGGGUAUCUGAGGCCCGCGCAGAGGGCCCUGUACCGGGACGUGAUGCAGGAGACCUACGGCCACCUGGGCGCGCUCGGAUUCCCAGGCCCCAAACCUGCCCUCAUCUCUUGGAUGGAACAGGAGAAUGAGGCUUGGAACCCCGACGCCCAGGAUCCUGAGGAGGGGGAGAACCGGAGAGGAGACACCCCAAUCAAGAAGGAAGUGGAAUCUGAGGAGACAUCGGAAGCCAAAGAAUCCAGAAAAAUUCCUGGGAAGGAGCCACUGGAGGAGCCGAUUACACACAUUCCUGCCUCGACCAUCAGCAGGGCCCGAGCCAGCGCCCAAGCACCACGGAGAGCGACCUGGGACCAGGGUACGGUCGCUCUGUCGGGGCCCGGUCCGGGGCCUGUGGAAGCGCAGCGGCGCCAUGUGUGUGCUGACUGCGGCCGCCGCUUCACCUACCCGUCACUGCUGGUCAGCCACCGGCGCAUGCAUUCGGGCGAGCGGCCCUUCCCCUGCCCCGAGUGCGGCAUGCGCUUCAAGAGGAAGUUCGCCGUGGAGGCCCAUCAGUGGAUCCACCGCUCCUGCUCCGGGGGCCGCCGUGGGAGGCGGCCGGGCAUCCGGGCUGUACCUGGAGCCCCGGUGCGAGGCGACCAGGACCCGCCCGUGCUGUUCCGUCACUACCCGGACAUCUUCGAGGAGUGCGGGUGAGCGGCCUCCUGGCGGGCUGGUACUCAUGGACCUUGAGUUGGGCCCUUGAGCCAAGGACUUGGGAACUGAAACUCAUUCCAUGGGCUUCCCUCAGAGAACUCUCAAGUUUCCAGACUUGUAAAAAGAAAAGUGCCUGUAAAGAUGCAAAAUGAUUAGGCUUGAGGCCGGAGCUCUAGUACAGGGCCAAGUAAGGG